AUGCAACCCUACUUCGGCCUUCGCGGCUCGAAGCUCAACGCUGCGAUAUGGGCCCUCGCGUGCUUCUGCAUCAUGAUCUUCGGCUACAACCAAGCGGUAGCCGGAGGCGUGUUGACGUCGGAGUCGUUCCAGAAGCAGUUCCCGCAGAUGGAUACGGUGGAUACGGAGGGGGCGGAGAAGAAGCAUAAUGCUACGAUCCAAGGAACGGUGCUCGGAAUCUACGUCUUAGCAGGCGUGUUCGGCAGUCUAGCCUGUACGUUCUUAGGCGACGUCUGGGGCCGUCGAUGGACCAUCUUCGCUGCCACUGCGACCGAGCUCGUUGGUGUGGUCUUGAUGGGAAGCUCAUUUGCGUUCGCUCAGUUCAUCGUCUCUAGGAUACUGGUUGGUCUUGGAACAGGAGGCGUCAUCGCCACGACAUCGGUCUGGCAGGCAGAGCUCUCGAAACCACAUAGUCGGGGCUCCCACGUCUCCGGCUUCGGGAUUUUCUGUGGUAUGGGGCUAUCGUUGGCGUUGUGGAUCGAUUUCGGGGCACACUAUGUGCAGAGCUCUUUUGCCUGGCGUUUCCCGUUCCUGAUCCAGAUCAUCCUGUCUCUCACAGUGAUGACCUUCAUCUUCACCCUGCCAGAGUCCCCGCGAUGGCUAGUUAAAAUGGGCCGCAUCGACGAAGCCAAAGGCAUCUUCAGCGCCACCUACGAGGUCGACACCGACUCCGAGACCGUCAGCACCAACAUCCGUGAUAUCCAGCUGUCCAUUGAGAUUGCGCAGAACGCCUCUCUCGGUGCACUGUUCAAGAUGGGCAAGCAGCGGACCCUCCAUCGUGUUGUUCUGGCGGCGACGAUCCAGAUGUACCUGCAGAUGACGGGUGUGAAUUCUGUGACUUCGUAUGCUUCAACGAUCUUUCAGGAGAAUCUCGGCUACCCAACAACCAAAGCCGACAUCCUCGCCGCCUCCUCCCAGAUCGUCAUCAUCCUCGGCAGCAUAGUCUGCAGCUACACCGUCGACCGCUUCGGCCGCCGCACCCUCAUGCUCCUCUCCGCCGCCAGCAUGUCCACCUGCCAAAUCGCCCUCACAGCCCUCGGCUCCCAACCCCAAAACACCGGCUGCCUCAAAGCGUCGGUCUUCUUCAUCUACCUCUACUACUUCGUCUACGUGCUCGGGUUCCUGGGCGUGCCGUUCCUCUACGCUUCCGAAAUCGCGCCGGUUCAUCUCCGCGCCGCGGUGUGUGGGAUAAGCACGGCUGUGUCGUGGUUGUUUAAUUUCUUGGUGGUGGAAAUUACACCGGUGGCGUUUACGACGAUUGGGUAUCGGUAUUUUGUCGUGUUUGCGGCGGUUAAUGCUAGUAGUAUUCCGGUGGUUUAUUUCUUUUACCCGGAGACCCGUGGACGGUCGCUGGAGGAGAUCGAUGAGAUCUUCACAAAGAGCAACAGCGUGCUUGAGCCGGUGAAGGUGGCGAAGCGGCUGCCGCAGAAGCAUCUGACCGAGAUGGUACAAGCAGACGAGAAGACUGGUGAGGGUGUGGAAAGGCUUGAAGACAUUGGCGCCGAGGAGAAGGAGAAGGGAGGAAGCGAUGACGGUAAUGGCUCGGUUAGUUAA